UACGACAACGCUGUACAACACGACCGGUCCUACGGGCGGUCUGCGGUCGAGUCGUAGUGUCUCCCCAGUCUCCACUAAUGUUUCAUCUUCGAACGGGAAUGGGAAAGAGAUUCAAAACAUAAACAAGAAAAAGGCAGAUAAACACAAAUUAUUGAAAUUAGUUGAGAGAUAGAUUACAAGUUUGUGGCAAAUAGAGGAUCGUAGAAUCGGGAAGAAAAGUUAGCGUUAAAGACAGUGGAUAUUCCGGAUCCUGGUUUAAGGUUGAAUUGUUGGAGUGCGGCCUGGCAGAAAAGCGAGGAAAUUGUGAUGUUCGUAGGAGGGAAUCAAAACCAAGUAUUGUAAGUUGUUUAGUUAAUUUAUAUAGAUUUACAAAAUAUUAACAGAAAUAAAAUUUACAGUUUGAGCUGCUACAGAAACAACCGGUUGCUACAAAAAAUUGGUUUUACACCCGAACAAUCUCAAAAAUACUUGAACUCGGAUUAACCUUUGAAGCGCCAUGGCCGAUCCAAACACGGAAGAUCUGAAUGUCAUUAAAACUCCGUGUGCAGUUUGCGGCGGUGCAUCCAUCGAAAAUGCGCAGAUGAUUAAAUGUAGCGGAUGUCAACUGUGGUUUCACGUCCGAUGCGUCGGGAUGUCAUCCGGCGGAGAGCUGGAGAAAAACUGGUUCUGUAUUAAUGACCAAUGCCAACGAGUCAAGAGGAAUGAAGUGGUGAAUCGUGCUACGAAGGACAACGAUGAAUCGAACCGUUCCAGCGUCAAAUCCGGCGCAGUGCUAAGUUUGGAGCAAAAGUUGAAAGCUAUGGAGGAAAGCAAAAUGCAAAUGGAGCAAGAGCUGGAAGCGGAAAUGAUUCUAAAGCGGAAAGAAAGCGAGAUUAAGCGGUCAAUCAAAAAUAAGCGAAUAAUGUUAGAGAGAAAGUUAAACGAAGAAGAAGAACAUCAAUGCAUCCUGUUACAAGAAGAGAUAUUGCGGCAGCGAAGGGAACAGUUGAACCGAAUGAAAGUAAGCCAGCGGCUGUUCGUAGACGAAAAGGAAAAUUUGGAUAAAGAAUUACGGAAGCUGAAGAAUUUCGGUAUGACUUCGAGGAUCGUCAUCGAGAGCGAUGAUGGGUCGGAUACCGAGGCGGAAUGUGAUGAGAACGAUUGCAAGGGCGAAGCCGGAGUUUUUUCGAGUCGCAACAGGUCUAACAAAGUGAAACCAGUGAAACUAGGCCAACACGGGCUGGGGCGCUCCAGAUCCGGACCCACUAAACUUCAACUAGCGGCAAGAAGUGGAUUGAAUAAAAAACUACCCUCUUUCUCAGGACACCCAGAAGAAUGGCCGUUGUUUUAUGGAUCAUUUUGUGCGUCUAACGAUGCGUGUGGUUAUUCGGACGUUGAAAACCUGGUGCGCCUACAAAAGUGUCUAACAGGAGAGGCCCUGGAAAUGGUGCGCGGUCAACUACUACUGCCAAAGUCUGUUCCAAGGGUCAUUGAAAAGUUACGUCAAUUAUAUGGUCGUCCAGAGCUGUUGCUGAAAUGUCAUCUGGAGAAAGUCCAGAAUUUGAUGCCACCUAAACCAGAUAGUUUAGCUAGCUUUAUUCCAUUUGGUUCUGCAGUUGAACAGAUGUGUGAGCAUUUGGAAGCAGCUGAUAUGAAGGAACACCUGAUCAACCCACUACUUAUCCAGGAAUUAGUGGAUAAGCUACCAGACAACGACAAGCGUGGAUGGGUGCGGUUCAAGCGUCGUAGUCGCAAAGUCACACUACUUUCAGAAGCCUGUGAAGCGAACGUUUCGCUGAGCAACAACUCAGGUAGUAGGGAUGUAGUACCGGUAAUACCGGUACCGAAAUACCGGUACUACCGGCCAAUUUUGGGUACCGAAAAUACCGGUACUGGGCCACCCCCAGUACCGGUACUUUCGGUACUGGAGAACUGA